AUGCUUAGAUCAAUGACACGUGGCAUUUUCUCGAAAAUCGCGAAAAAUCGACGUUUCUCCACGGAGCCACAAAUAAUUGAGACGGAAAAAGUGCAACAAGAAGUUCUGGAGGCAAUUUCGAAAGAAGUUUCGAGUAGUUCGAGAUUAUUUGCGAUUGUUUAUGUGAAUGGAAGACAGUGGAAGGUGAGUUUUUGGCGGGAAUUUGGGAAAUUCUGAAAAUUCUGAACGUUUUGAGAUAAAAUUCGAGAAAUUUGGUGGAAAAUCAGCAAAAAUCCAUAUUUUUGGACAAUUUUGAGCUGAAAAUUGCAAAUUUUGAAAAUAAAAUUGAAUUUCCAAAUUGCCACGUCUUCGAUCACGUGAAAAGUAUUUUCCAGCUGAAAAUCUGGAAAUUUUGAGAAAUUCUCAACAUUUUGAGCUGAAAAUCAUGAAAUUUGGUGGAAAAUGAGCUAAAACGUUCGAUUCUUAAAUGAAAAAUUCAUCUAGACCUAAAUUUUAUGCUGAAAAUGUCUGAAAAUCAAGAUUUCCAUGAUUUACAGCACAAAAUUCUGAUCUAGAAAUUUCCUAAAUUUUUCACUGUUUCAAAAAUUCAUUAAGUUUUUUGGGAUCUGAAAAAUUUGAUAUGUCCCCUACACUUAUAUUUUGUGCUGAAAAUCAUGGAAUCGCUGAAAUUCGCUGAAAAUGAAGAAUUCAAUGAUUUUCAGCUCAAAAUUCUGAUCUAAAAAUUUUCUGAAUUUUUCACUGUUUCAAAAAUUCAUCAUAUUUUUUGAAGGUUCAAAAAAUUCGUUAAUACUUCCUUUGACUUCAAUUUUUGUACUGGAAACAAUGAAAUUGCUGAAAAUCUCUGAAAAUCAAGAAUUUCAUGAAUUUCAGUGCAAAAUUCUGAUCUAGAAUAUUCCGAAUUUUUUACGUUUCAAAAAUGUAUCAAAUUUUUUUUAUUCUGAAAAAAAUUUGAUAUAGUAUUCUUUCUAGACUUAAAUUUUUCCCUAAAAAUCAUGAAACUACUGAAAAUCUCUGAAAAUGAGGAAUUCCAUGAUUUACAGCUCAAAAUUCUGAUCUAAAAAUUUUCUGAAAUUUUUCACUGUUUCAAAAAUUUAUUUAAUUUUUUUGGGAUCUGAAAAAUUUGAUGCAUUGGUUGUUUUUUUAGACUUAAAUUUGCGAUUAAAAUCAUGAAAAAGCUAAAAAUGUCUGAAAAUUAAGAAUUCCAUGAUUUUCAGCACAAAAUUUAGGUCUAGAAGUUUCCUAAAUUUUUCACUGUUUCAAAAAUUUAUCUAAUUUUUCUGGAUCUGGAAAAAUUUGAUGUAUACAUCAUUUUUUCAAGACUUAUAUUUUGUGCUGAGAAUCAUAAAAUUGCUGAAAACCCUCUGAAAAUUAAGAAUUCCAUAAUUUCCAGCUCAAAAUUUUGAUCUAAAAAUUUUCUGAAUUUUUCACUGUUUCAAAAAUUUAUCUAAUUUUUUUGGGAUUUGAAAAUUUUGAUGGGUUUGGUAUAUUUUUUCAAACUAUGUAGACUUUACUAAACUUAAUUUUCGCGCUGAAAAUCAUGGAAAUGCUGAAAAUUUAUGAAAAUGUAUAUUUCCAUGAUUUUCAGCACAAAAUUCUGAUCUAGAAAUUUCCUGAAUUUUUUACGUUUCAAAAAUUCAUUAAAUUUUUUUGAAUCAAAAAGAAAUUCGAUUAUAGCCGAUUUUCUAGACGUAAAUUUUGCGCUAAAAACUAUGAAACUGCUGAAAAUAUCUGAAAAUUAAGAAUUCCAAUAUUUUCAGUUCAAAAUUCUGAUCUUAAAAUUUUCUGAAUUUUUCACUGUUUCAAAAAUUCAUCAAAUUUUUUGGAAGUUGAAAAAAUUCGUUAAUGGUUCCUUUGUUAUUUUUUGUGAUUGUUGCGCUGAAAAUCAUGAAAUUGCUGAAAAUCAAGAUUUCCAUGAUUUUCAGCACAAAAUUCUGAUCUAGAAAUUUCCCGAAUUUUUUACGUUUCAAAAAUUUAUCAAAUUUUUUGAGGAUUAAAAAAAUUUGAUGUGUUUAUAAUUUUUUUUAGACUUAAAUGUUUCCCUAAAAGUCAUAAAAGUGCUCGAAAUUGCUGAAAAUCAAGAUUUCCACGAUUUUCAGCACAAAAUUCUGAUCUAGAAAUUUCCUGAAUUUUUUACGUUUCAAAAAUUUAUCAAAUUUUUUGGGGAUUAAAAAAAUUUGAUGUGUUUAUAAAUUUUUCUAGACUUAAUUAUGCGCUGAAAAUCAUGAAAGUGCUGAAAAUUUCUGAAAAUCAAGAUUUCCACGAUUUUCAGCACAAAAUUCUGAUCUAGAAAUUUCCUGAAUUUUUUACGUUUCAAAAAUUUAUCAAAUUUUUUGGGGAUUAAAAAAAUUUGAUGUGUUUAUAAAUUUUUCUAGACUUAAUUAUGCGCUGAAAAUCAUGAAAGUGCUGAAAAUUUCUGAAAAUCAAGAAUUCUAUGAUUUCCAGCACAAAAUUUUGGUCUAGAAGUUUUCUGAAUUUUUCACUGUUUCGAAAUUUUUUUUAAAUUUUUUUUUUGGAUUUGUAAAAUUUGAAUCAUUAAAUUUGAUGGAAAACGAGCAAAAAUCCAUAUUUUUGGCCAAUUUUGAGCCAAAAAUCGUGUGAUUUUCAGCUCAAAAUUCUAAUCUAGAAAUUUCCUGAAUUUUUUACGUUUCAAAAAUUUAUCAAAUUUUUUGGGAUGAAAAAGAGAUUCGAUUCGUGAUAAAUGUUAAUCCAGACCCAAAUUUCGCGCUGAAAAUCAUAAAAUGGCUGAAAAUGAAGAAUUCUAUGAUUUUCAGCUCAAAAUUCUGAUCUAGAAAUUUCCUGAAUUUUUCACUGUUUCAAUUAUUUGUUUAAUUUUUCUGGGAUUUGAAAAUUUUUAUGGGUUUGGUAUCUUUCUUUCGAGACUUUUAUUUAGUACUGAAAAUCAAAAAAAUUCUGAAAAUGAGGAAUUCCAUGAUUUUCAGCUCAAAAUUCUGAUCUAGAAAUAAAUUUACAGGAAUUUUUCACUGUUUCAAAAAUUUAUCAAAUUUUUUGGAGAUUAAUAAAAUCUGAUGCAAAAAUCCAUAUUUUUGGACAAUUUUUAGCCAAAAAUUGCGAAUUUUGAAAAUAAAAUUGAAUUUCCAAAUUUCCACGUCAUAGCUCACGUGAAAAGUAUUUUCCAGCUGAAAAUCUGAAAUUUUGAGAAAUUCUCAACAUUUUGAGCUGAAAAUCAUGAAUUUUGGUGAAAAAUGAGCUACAACGUUCGAUUCUCAAAUGAAAAAUUCAUCUAGAUCUAAAUUUUGUGCUGAAAAUCUCUGAAAAUCAAGGAUUCCAUGAUUUCCAGCUCAAAAUUCUGAUCUAGAAAUUUCCUCAAUUUUUCACUGUUUCAAAAAUUUAUCAAAUUUUUUGGGAUGAAAAAGAAAUUCAAUUCGUGAUAAUUUUCCAGACCUAAAUUUUUCAGCUGAAAAUGUCUGAAAAUCAAGAAUUCUAUGAUGUUCAGCUUAAAUCCUGAUCUAAAAAUAGUAUGAAUUUUUCACUGUUUCAAAAAUUCAUCAUAUUUUUUGAAGGUUAAAAAAAUUCGUUACUUUAAUUUUGUGCUGAAAAUCAUGAAUCUACUGAAAAUCGCUGGAAAUGAAGAAUUCCAUAAUUUCCAGCUCAAAAUUCUGAUCUAGAUAUUUUCUGAAUUUUUUACGUUUCAAAAAUUCAUUUAAUUUUUUUGGGAUCUGAAAAAAUUUGAUUAUUCUUUCUUUUUGAAUUUGAAAGAUUUAAAUUUGAGAGAUUCAGAAAAUUUUGAGCUGGAAUUCAUAAGUUUUCAGCCGAAAACCUGAAAAUUUGAAAAAAUCCUGAAAUUUUGAGCUAAAAUUCGUGAAUUUUGACUUGAUAAAUCAUCAAAUUUCCUGAAUUUUCCAAUAAAAAAUUUGAAUUUUCAAAUUGCCACGUCAUAACUCAACUCAUUUUCCAGGUCAGCGACGGAGAUUUGAUAAGUCUUGAAGGAAAUUUGCCACUCAACGUUGGAGAUGAGAUCAAAUUGGAAAAAGUGAGUUUUUUCCUAUAUUGCUCAGGUUAUUAAAAUGUUAGAAUUGUCUUAAAGAACCCCUCCACCCUGAAAAUAUAUUGCUCAUAUUAAAAAGAUUGAAACAUUGCUCAUAUUAGCUCAAAAAAUCCCAAAUUUUCUCAGGUUUUAAUGGUUGGCGGCACGAAUUUCUCCAUCUUCGGUCGACCUUUCUUGGACUCAAAUUCAGUCGAAGUUGAUGCUGUUGUCGUUGAGAAGAACACCACAAAUCCCGAAUUGAAAUAUGUUCAUCUGAAUCAUAAUCAAACCAAAAUUGUUAACUGUAAGCUUUUUCGAUUUUCAGAGCACAAAAAAUGUGUUUUUUUGCAGGGAAAUCCGAUGAGGCGACUGUUCUUCGAAUCAAAAGUGUUAUUGCUAAAAAUAUUUAA